AACCUAACCUAACAUUAUUUUGAAGUUUAACCUUUAAGUUAAAACCAAAUGUAACAAAAAAUAUUAAACUUCCACAUAAAAGUUAUAAUGGAAGAAUGCUUGUCUAAAAAAUGCAAAACACUAUUUUCAUUUGAUACUGUACUUUGUGCAGACUCUGUCGAGUGGUGCCCCCACAAACCAUUUCAAAAUGUAUUUGUUUGUGCAAAUUAUGAACUGGAACAGGAUCACUCUAAUGGUAGCAGUGGUAAGAAACGAGUUGGAAAAAUACAAUUAUUUUCAAUUUGUCCACAAAAUGGGUUAAAAUUGCACGACACAAUCGAUACGUCUGGCGUACUGGAUCAAAAAUGGUGUAUGCACAAAGUGAAUAACAAGUCGCUUUUAGGCGUUGUUAAUGCCGACAAAAAAGUAGAAGUCUACGCUUUAAAUGCAGAACUUCUUGUUCUGGAACUUUUGUCAUCCUAUGAAAUUGAUGCUGAUACUUCAGAGACAUUGAUUUUAUCUUUAGACUGGUCUUCAGCAAUAGACAAAUCAAGUGAACCAGAAAUAAUUUGCAGUGAUUCAAAGGGAAAUGUUCACUUAGUACAAUUGAGCAAUGAAACAAUAUUAUUGAAAGAAAGCUACCACUGCCAUGAAUUUGAGGCCUGGAUAGCUGGUUUCUAUUACUGGAAUACUAAUAUAUUCUUUAGUGGAGGCGAUGACAGCUUACUUCUGAAAUUUGAUACAAGAGUGGGCAACCGGCCGGUAUCAAAAAACAGAAGUCAUGGUGCAGGAGUAACAUCUAUUCACUCAAAUAUUUCUAAGGAGAAUAUUCUAGCUACUGGAAGUUAUGAUGAACAUAUUCGUUUAUGGGACAUUCGAAAUAUGAGAGCUGAAAUGAAUUUAAUCAAAAUGCCCGGUACUUUGUGGAGAUUGAAGUGGGAUCCUUUUGAUCAAAACUAUUUACUAGCAGCUUGUAUGCUUGGCGGAGUGCACAUUGUAGAUGUCACAGAUAUUCAUCAGUUAAACAUUGCUGGAAGUUAUCACGAACAUAAAAAUAUUUCCUAUGGUGCUGAUUGGUGUCAUUUGGAUACCGAGAGCUGUGAUAAGUUUGAACAAGACGGACAAUUUAUCAUUGGCACAUGUUCAUUUUAUGAUCAUUUACUGUGUGUGUCAAAGUUUGACAGUAAAAAAAAAGAUUGAUACUUAA